AUGCUAAUCAUUGCAGAACUCUAUGGAGUAAAAGUUCUCGAUUGCACUGCUGAAACUCACGACCGACGAGGUAUGGGGAUUAUAAGAGAUGGAUGCUCUACAGAUGCCACUUUAAUUUCGGAUGUUCGAUAUGCAGACAAUCACCAACGAGCUUUUGCAGACGCAACAGCAUUUAAAUUUCCGGAUCUCAAUGAUGUCUGGUUUCGUUGUGCGGUAAAGCUCUGCAUCAGAAAGUUUGAGCAUCUGAUAUUGACAGGAAAGUCUUUGGAAGAUCUCUGUGGAAAUACUACGAAAUGCGGUUCGACACCUCCUCGCCAACGUCGUCGAAUCAGCACUCUUCCUGAUGACGAUAGCAUCAUUGAAGUCACCGGAAGAGUUGGUGUUGAAGAUGAUUCUACUUUGUAUAAUUAUGCUGCUCAAGUAUCUACAUCAGAUAAGCCAACUACAAUAUGCAUGUCUAAGGAUAUAAUGGCUCUAGGAUCAGCUGUUUCUGCGACUGUU